UUUUCUUGUAGUUUUUGCUUGAAAGCUCUUGAGCAUUUACUGAGUUGUCUGGCUUACCAUCCAAGAUAGAGACACUCUCUAUAGUGUUUAAAAAUUAAACAUGAUUUUCCUUCCUUUCAUUAAGAGAAAUUUAGAACUGGUAAGGUAGAAGGAAAAUGGAUAAAGCUCUCACUAAACUGGGUAGCACUUGGAUCUCCAAGAAAGCCAAGGCAGAGAUUUCCCACAUAACCGACGACCUAUCAUCUCUCUCAAAUACUGUCGAAGAGAAGGCAAAGCUUUUCAUCAACAAGCUCAAAGGUAAAACCCAGAAAGCCUUGCCAGAUCUCCUUCGAGAGUACAACAUUCCUCCGGGUCUGUUCCCCCGCAACAUAACAUGCUACGAAUUUGAUGCAUCAAAGGGAAAGUUGAUCGUGUACUUAUCCUCACCCUGUGAGGUGUGCUUCAAGGACUCAUCCAUUGUGAGGUAUGCAAAUCGUGUCAAAGGAACAUUAUCAAAGGGGAAGCUCAGUGUUACAGAUGGAAUGAAGACCAAGGUUCUUGUGUGGGUCAAGGUGACUAGUGUUGCUGUUGAGAGUUACAAGUCUGACAAAGUAUGGUUCACUACCACCGGAGUUAAGAAAUCAAGGCCCAAAGAUGCAUAUGAAAUGCCUCGUGAUGCUAUUAAGGUAGAAGAAUUUUGAGGCACUUUAUAAUAUAUGGUAUUCCAGUUCAAUUCGCUCAUGAUAUGCAAUACAUGGUUACACUAUUAGACAAUUGUUUUUUUGUUUUUUUUUUUCUGGGUAAGUUUAGAGGAGUUAUGGUGUUACAGUUGACAAACACAUUUGACUUUGUGACCUGUGAUGUUAAGAAAAUUGUAUCCAGUGAGUUUGCAAUUUCAAUCAAGUUACGAUGGUCAUAAGUA